GGAUAUAGACAGAAAUUGAGUGAAAGAAUGAAGCUUUUUAGAGUGUAAAACUAGAAAAGGGCAGCCAAAGGGGUGGCUCUCAAGGAAAAAACGUACUUUUAGGACAUCUUCAUCUAAGCCCGUGAUCAUAUCUGUACAAAUUUCCAAGAGUUCCAAUGUUCUAGACCCACAAUACCCUUUCUACUUUCAGACAGCCCUUAAUUUAAUCAAUAAAAUUGCCAUGAACUAAAUGUCAAAUUGCUCCACAGUCUCCUGCCUUUGGUAGUUGACGUUAUUACAUCAGUGGAUACAAGUUUAGCUACUUUUAGGGAAAGAUAAGAAGAAACAAUCCAACUCAAACGAGUUGAGUUUCUACCUCAAUGUUUGUAUUUUGUAAUGGAUGGGGUUUGGAAUCAUCAAAAGGUUAGGCUUACAUUCCCAAUCACAUCAUAAGACUAAACAUUUGUCACAAUGAUAACAACAAAACAAAUAUUAAGAAUCCAAAGAUUAAACCAAGAAAAACAAAGGGAUAUCGAUAUGAAAUUUCCAACACUGCUACUAAAACAUUGCCAUAUUGCCAUUUUAUCAUCCUUCGUUAGCAGCAAAUCAUAAAUAUAUAUAUAUAUUAUUUUUUUUUAUUCAUUCAAUCAGUAUCUAAUAGUUUAAAUCUAUUUUCUUCCUCAGCCCAUCAUUGCAAAACCAAAUAGAACCUCAACAGUCAAAACGAAUUAGGCAUUGAAGACCGAUUAAGCUUCCAUGUUGAAAACCACCGGAGCCACGUUCCUAGCCAUAGCCACCUCUUUCUUUAUUCUCCACUUUUCUCCCCCUCCAAAAUCAUAUUAUCACUCGCUGUUUAUAUCCAGUUCCCUGUCCGAUAAUGCCUCCAUAUCUCACCACCUCCGCACCCUCACCCGCCGCCCACAUGUUGCAGGCUCCCAAGCCAACGCUGAGGCUGCAUCCUAUGUUCUAUCAACACUCUCCGCUUGCAACAUCAAGGCACACAUCGUCUCCUAUGAUGUUUUACUAACCUACCCAGAUUCACGUUCGUUGACUCUGACACCUUCUCCUUCAGAACCGCCUAUAACUUUUGAUCUCAAGCAGGAAAUAUACGAGGGUGAUCCCUAUGCAGAUGUGGCUGAUGAAGUGCUGCCUACUAACCACGCAUAUGCCAAGUCUGGUUCGGUUGUCGGGCCAGUGGUUUUUGUGAACUAUGGGCGGGUGGAGGACUACGGUACAUUGAAAGAAAUGGGAGUGAACGUUACUGGUACUGUGGCUUUGGCGAGAUACGGAGAGAUUUUUAGGGGAGACAUUGUGAUGAAUGCGUUUGAAGCUGGUGCUAUAGGGGCACUGGUGUAUACUGAUAGGAAAGAUUAUGGAGGUGAGGGAGGUGAUGCAAAGUGGUUUCCCGAUGACAAAUGGAUGCCGCCGAGUGGGGUUCAGGUGGGAACAGUCUAUAAUGGGUCUGGUGACCCCACUACGCCUGGAUGGGCUAGCAGUGAAGGGUGUGAGAGGGUGUCAGUUGAGGAGGUGGAGAGCAGUGGAGAUGUUCCCUUAAUACCCUCGAUGCCGAUAUCUGGUGCGGAUGGUGAAACAAUCUUGAGGUCAAUCGGUGGACAAAUUGCAAAAGAUAAUUGGCAGGGAAGCAAAGAUGCCCCAACUUACAGAGUUGGACCAGGACCAGGAGUUGUGAAUCUCGAGUACAAUGGGAAACAAGUCAUAGCAACAAUUCAAAACGUCAUGGGUGUUAUUGAAGGAGUGGAGGAGCCUGAUCGGUUCGUCAUUCUGGGCAAUCAUCGUGAUGCAUGGACAUUUGGAGCUGUUGAUCCCAACAGUGGUACCGCAGCACUGCUAGAGGUCGCACAAAGACUCCAGAAACUACAAAGAAGCGGUUGGAAACCACGACGAACAAUUAUUUUGUGCAAUUGGGAUGCUGAGGAGUAUGGCUUGACAGGAUCGACAGAAUGGGUAGAAGAAAACAGAGAAUUGUUGGCUUCAAGGGCAGUUGCAUACUUAAAUGUUGACUGCGCGGUAUCUGGAGCAGGAUUUCAUGCUUCUGGAACUCCACAACUUGAUGAUCUGCUCAAACUAGCUGCACAACAGGUUCAAGAUCCAGAUAACUCAUCUCGAACAAUCUACGAACAAUGGAUUCAGUCCACUGAGUCUUCUCUGAUUGGACGAUUAGGAGGAGCAGGUUCUGAUUAUGCAGCUUUUCUGCAACAUAUUGGUGUUCCAGCAGCUGACAUGCGUUUCGGAGCAGGAUACCCAGUAUAUCACUCAAUGUAUGAUGACUACACCUGGAUUGAAAAUUUUGGGGACCCAAUGUUUCAUAGAAAUGUUGCAGUGGCUAGCGUUUGGGGUUUAGUUGCUCUUCGGCUGGCAGAUGAAGAGUUCUUGCCUUUUAAUUAUCACUCCUAUGCAUUGGAACUCCAGAAGCGUGCAGAAGACCUGGAAAAUGAGAUGUCAGAUAAGGGCAUAACCUUUUCUCCCUUGUUCAAGUCUAUCGAGGAGCUAUCAAAAGCAGCCAGAAAGAUAAAUUACCAGAAAAAGGAAAUAAAAGAAGCUAAAGGUUGGACAUCAAUGUGGAGAAACGACCAUGUCAAAUUACGUGAACUAAAUGAUAGACUAAUGAUGGCAGAACGGGCAUUUACGGACUGUGAUGGACUUCUUAGAAGGCCAUGGUACAAACACUUGAUUUAUGCACCAUCAAGGCACAAUGAUUAUGGAUCUACAUCCUUCCCAGGAAUAGAUGAUGCAAUUGAAAAUGCAAAGAAUCUGAACACUGCCGAAUCAUGGCAUGUGGUGCAACAUGAAGUUUGGAGAGUUGCUAGAGCUGUCAAGCAUGCCUCCUUAGUCCUUGAUGGAAAACUCACAUGAAUUCUGCAAGAUGGACCUACACUUGAGACAGCAAUGUACUUCAGUGAGAGUGACGGACAUGAGAGAGAUCUAGAUUAUAGAAAAUUCACUUACUCAUUAAAAUCAAUCAUCAGUACUGAGCCUUAUUUCAGGUAUUUCUAUGUCAGAAUUCCAUACUAUAGUCACAGCUUUCAUGAAGGGAACAACAAAAUGGGAAUAGCAUUGGCAUCGAGAAUUAAGGCAAAUAGACCAACUAAUGCAAAAAUCAAUAAGUUCAUUCAACUUCAUUUGGCAUUAGCGUUAUGUUCGUCACAAAUGCACUUCUUGUCCCUAUCUUCUUGUUAUAUUAUCUCCUGCAAAUCCAACAUAUUGGUUAGAGAAACCAUCUCAUAUGACAUUGUAUGUACUGUCAGUUCUACAUCCCCUCUCAUACAUACUUCCUUUUCACAUUUCAUCUAUUCUGACCAUCUUGGCAUCUCCACAUUUCAAUAUUGUCUAAGCUCCUUGUAGAGCAACAGGUAAUAUCUGGCGUAAAUAGAAAGAAAAUUAUGGAAAAAUAAUGUGAUGCGUGACUGUGAAUGAAUCGGUGUCUGCCACCUAAAUACUGUCUAGGUCAAUUUAGUUUCAUGAACCACAAACAACUUAUCGCAAAUAACAGAGAUUGAACUUCAAGAAGUUAAGAGAUCAGCAAUGGCUGCUGUUUGCACACAGAUGCAAGAAUGUAUAGGGAGAAACAAGUUCUUCCCUUAAUUUUAAACAAUGAUAACCCACGCUAUUCUCUUUUUCUUGAUAAAAGCUUGUAUUAAUAAUGAAAAAUCCCGUAUGAGCCUACAGCCUACAUGCUUACAAACUAUACAAAACUGAGUAACUGGCUAGACGGCAGAAUUCAAGAUCCGAAUUUGAAUAUAGAUUAAGAACAACUGCACUACGAUUGGAACUAAAUAUAUACAUCAAAUAUGUCUACCUGGUGGAAGCUCUCAUUCUCUGCAUGUCGAAGUGUGAUUUCAUUGUUGCCAGCAGCGACAUGAAUAAGAGGCCUAGAAAUGUAGAAACUGACACACAUACUUCCUACAAGAGCAUACUGCAAUGAAUUAACGUGUACAAGAAACCCCAAAUCCCGAAACAAUGCCGAUAAGGUAUAUAAUGUAACCAUCCUCCAGAAUUGUUGUUAAUGCCCACGCAUUAUGCAUUUAAACUUGAUCUUCCAUCCCACAGAUGAGUUGUAGAUUUUUAGUUUCUUUUUUUCUUGAAUGUUCUGGCAUAUGUAUGUUUUUUUGGUUAAGUUCUAAUUGAAUUGAUGAAACAGGUAAUAAAUCAUCCAAUUCAAAUCACUUGGAUUUUUUAAGAUUUUUGAACAAUUUCUUUUGCCUUCAGCUUAAGACAACAUGGCCAGAAUAUAAGCAGUAGAGGAAAUGGCAAGCAUUACAAUUUAUUCAUUGAGUUGCUGAAAUAUUUACAACCAAAGUAGAGAAGCAAAAGCGAUGAUGAACCCAAUCAAUCGGCCAGGAUCUCAUCGGGAUCUUCGAAAUUCGGGUCCUUGGCAUCGACAAGCUCUGUUUCACCCCCGAUCUCGGCGGGCGAAAGGCCAUCUCCAACCCAAGUGAACUUGCCACCAUGACCUCCUUUCUUGGGCGAUCCGUUCAUUCCCGUACCCGAUUUCCUAUCUUUCCUCACAUCAGAUGGCUUUCCAUUGCCUUUGCUAUUCUUUCCACUGUGCUUCAUCUUCUCCGCAGAGCUGAGCUACCACUUGGUUUUGAAUUUAGAUUGGAUGCUGACGCGU